CGAAGAAGAAAACCGAAUUCUGUUCCGGUGGACUCGGGAUACGUUAGACAGUGCGUGUACGUGAACCAGUUGCCCUGCAAUCUCCUGGAAGGAUGUCUCGAUGUAUGGACUUUGCCUUUGGCCACGUCAGGCUGUGGUUGGUUGUUGUUGCCUUUCAUAUGUGCCAGGCAGAGGUCCAAUUUGCUACUUUGAAAUACACCAGCCACGGAAAUCAAACCGAGGUCUGCGCUCGCUACUACCCGGAUUUCAAAGAGCUACCUGUGUAUCCAAAUAGCCUGAAAGAUGUAUCGCUCACGGACCUCACAGCUCAGAGCCCUUGCAAUUACAUCAGGGGUAUCAACCUAACCGGCAAAUUCGCCCUCGUGUACCUCCACGAGAACUGCAGCUGCAACGAAGUCGUGCAGAGCUUCGAGAACGCAAAGCCGCUGGGUGUUUUGAUAUCAGUAAAAAACAUCAGCAAGCGCUUGCUGAACGAGUGUCGUACGAAGACGGCCAAGGGGAACAUGGUUGUGCUUGUCGCGGCAAAAAAGUUCAUUGACACGAUGCCACGUACGAAUGAAAUGACUGGUCUGGAGAUCUACACGUGGCCCAGGACCUUGGAUCCUGCCUUAGCCAUCAUCGGUUCCAUAGCUGUCGCCGCAGUGGCCUUGGGUGCCUACCUAUCAGGAGGAAAGAAAUAUGAAAUUUACCUUCGGGACUUGGCCAAAGAGAUCCAUCGGAGGAAAACACGGGUAAUCGUAGAGAGGAAACCCCCUACAGUGCGUGACGUAAUGAAGGAGUACGACAGAAAGAUGGACAUAAAAGUUGGGGAUGUUGUCACCUUCGUAGCCAUUAUGGCCGCCAUGCUCAUGACUCUGUAUUUUCUCGUCGAUUAUAUCAGUUACCUUAUCGUUCCGACCUUUGCUAUGGCGACAACUGCGGCGGUCGUCGCCGUUCUGGAGCCCGUCGUCUACAGGAUUCCCAUCGGAACAUCUAAGCUUCCGCAAGAACUGUGCUGGUGUCUGUUCGAGGAAUUGGAGGUGCGCCAAGCAUUUCUUUUAGGUGGCGCGCUGGCGCUUUCAAUUUCCUGGAUCAUCUUCCGCCACGAUAAGAUUUCGUGGAUCCUGCAGAACAUACUAGGUUUCUGCUUCUGUGUCAGCGCUAUGAAGGCGCUGCGCAUGCCUAACCUCAAGGUUAUUGCAGUCUUUCUUGUCAUGCUGUUGUUCUACGAUGCAUUCUUCGUCUUUCUUACACCAUAUUUAACCAAGGAUGGAGAGAGCGUCAUGGUUAAGGUGGCAAAAGGCACUGAGGACCGCGAGAAGCUGCCAGCCACGAUGAGAGUUCCCGUUUUGGGCAACCAGCCCAUCGCCAUAUGCAUGAACCCAGAAACGAUGCUCGGAUAUGGAGACAUCCUCGUGCCUGGUCUUCUAGUUUCCUACUGCAGGGGGUUCGAUCUCAUUAACACGCAAGAGUCCUACUACUAUAUAUGUGCAGUUACAUUUUAUGCAAUCGGACUAGGGGUGACAUUCGUCGCCCUUAUAUUGAUGGAGAUCGCUCAGCCGGCUCUCAUUUACCUGGUUCCCGCCACGUUGGGAUCAACGGUCAUCCUCGCCACUUUCCGGGGUCAUCUGAGUGAAAUGUGGCAUGGCACGCCGCCCCCGAUCCCGGAAAACCUCGACGUUGGCCCACUACCAAAGCUGCCGCCGGAGGAGCUAGGGACACCUCCGCGUUCACGUCGGUCGCGCAGCCGCCGCUCCUCUUCUGCAGAUAGCAAUGCGCGGUCACGAAGUCGAAGUCCAUCCAGAAACGGAACCCCAAAUGGAAGUCGAAGUCCGUCUCCAAGUCAAAGUCCAUCUUACGCAGCAGGACCGUAUGCGCGUACACCUGAUAGGACCCCAUCCGCUAGCACUCCUGGCCACGUAUAGGACUAACUGUGGUCCCCGCAGAUAGACAUUUCGAAAAUCUUCUUGCAAUUUAGUAAAAUAAACGCACGUUACUGUAAGCGUA